AUGGCGCUCCCCCUCCCGCCGGGGCUGACCCACGCCGAGGUGGCCUUCCUCGCCGAAAUGGAACUCGUCACGGUAGUGCCGCGUCAACGACUCGAGAGCAUCGAGCUGCUAGGUGGCAAAACCCCUCCACUACGCCCGCCGCACCGCACAGACCUGCCGCUCUGGCUCGCCCUCCUCCUCAAGAAGCAGCGCCGCGCCAACAUCGUCCCCCCCCCCUGGCUGCACCCGUCCUCGCUCGCCGAGAUCAUCAAGCGCGAAACGAAAGAAAACCCCACCGCCUUCUCGGACCCGCCCCCCGCGCCCGCCCGUGCAGACCCGUCCCGUCCCGGCAUCGCUUCACGGGGAGGAAGAGAUCAUAACUAUUACGACGAGGAGGAGGACGGAAACAGCGGCGGCGACGUGAUACUACUAUCGGCGCCCUUCCGCCCCUCGUGCACGGCCGACGCGCCCGCGGGCUACCUGCCGUACCACUGGUUGGAGGUGGCCGAGUCGCUGCUCGCGCACGCGGGGGACGACGUGGCGUCGCUGGGGGCCACGCCGUCAUCAUCGUCGUCGGCGGGGGAGGUGCGGGGUCUGCUGCGCGAUCUGGUGGAGGUGCGGGCGGCCAAGAUGCGGAGUAGCACGUCGCAGCUGGAAGGGUUUGGCGGCGGGUUGAUGAGCCUACGCGGCGUAGGGGCCAUGGAGUUGGCCGAGAGCCGGGGUUUCACGGAAGCGGCCAGGCGGGAGGAGGAGGAGGAGAGGGGGGAUGAUGAUGAGGAGGAGGAGGAGGAUGACCGGGUGAGUGACGAGGAGAUGGGGAUUUGA